CCGGGUCAGGGGGCAGGAGCCACCAUGGAAGCUCGCGGGCCCGCGGGGCCGCCUGAGCCGCUGGCGGGCUUCUGAGGCUGGGGAGACGGUGCGCGGCCGGCGCUGCCCGCCGUGGAUACGCAGGCCUCCGCCAUGUCGGUGCUGGGCGAGUACGAGCGACAUUGCGAUUCCAUCAACUCGGACUUCGGAAGCGAGUCCGGGGGUGGCGGGGACUCGGGCCCGGGGCCCAGCGCCGGCCCGGGGCCGCGAGCCGGCGGCGCGGCGGAGCAGGAGGAGCUGCACUACAUCCCCAUCCGCGUCCUGGGCCGCGGCGCCUUCGGGGAGGCCACGCUGUACCGCCGCACCGAGGAUGACUCCCUGGUGGUGUGGAAGGAAGUCGAUUUGACGCGACUCUCUGAGAAGGAGCGUCGGGACGCCUUGAAUGAGAUCGUCAUCCUGGCGCUGCUGCAGCAUGACAACAUCAUCGCCUACUACAAUCACUUCAUGGACAACACCACCCUGCUCAUCGAGCUGGAGUACUGUAACGGAGGGAACCUGUAUGACAAAAUCCUUCGUCAGAAGGACAAGUUGUUCGAGGAAGAGAUGGUGGUGUGGUACCUUUUUCAGAUUGUUUCAGCAGUGAGCUGUAUCCAUAAAGCUGGAAUCCUCCAUAGAGAUAUAAAGACGUUAAAUAUUUUUCUGACCAAGGCAAACCUGAUAAAACUUGGAGACUAUGGCCUAGCAAAGAAACUUAAUUCUGAGUAUUCCAUGGCUGAGACACUCGUGGGCACUCCAUAUUACAUGUCUCCAGAGCUUUGCCAAGGAGUAAAGUACAAUUUCAAGUCUGAUAUCUGGGCAGUUGGCUGCGUCAUUUUUGAACUGCUUACUCUAAAGAGAACAUUUGAUGCGACAAACCCACUCAACCUGUGUGUGAAGAUUGUGCAGGGAAUCCGGGCCAUGGAAGUUGACUCUAGUCAGUAUUCUUUGGAACUGAUCCAGUUGGUCCACGCAUGCCUCGACCAGGAUCCUGAGCAGAGACCCACUGCAGAUGAACUUCUGGACCUUCCCCUUCUCAGGAAACGCAGGAGAGAGAUGGAAGAAAAAGUCACUCUGCUUAAUGCACCUACAAAGAGGCCAAGGUCAAGCACCGUGACUGAAGCCCCCAUUGCUGUAGUAACAUCACGAACCAGUGAAGUCUAUGUUUGGGGUGGCGGAAAAUCUACACCCCAGAAGUUGGACGUCAUCAAGAGUGGUUGUAGUGCCCGACAGGUGUGCGCAGGGAAUACCCACUUUGCUGUGGUCACCGUGGAGAAGGAACUGUACACAUGGGUGAACAUGCAAGGGGGCACUAAACUCCACGGUCAGCUAGGACAUGGAGACAAAGCUUCCUACCGACAGCCGAAGCAUGUGGAAAAGUUGCAAGGCAAAGCCAUCCACCAGGUGUCAUGUGGUGACGAUUUCACUGUUUGUGUGACAGAUGAGGGUCAGCUCUAUGCCUUUGGAUCAGAUUAUUAUGGCUGUAUGGGGGUCGACAAGGUCUCUGGCCCUGAAGUGCUGGAGCCCAUGCAGCUGAACUUCUUCCUCAGCAAUCCAGUGGAGCAGGUCUCCUGUGGGGAUAAUCAUGUGCUGGUUCUGACUCGAAACAAGGAAGUCUAUUCUUGGGGCUGUGGGGAAUAUGGACGGCUGGGUUUGGAUUCAGAAGAGGAUUACUAUACACCACAGAGGGUAGAUGUUCCAAAGGCCUUAAUCAUAGUUGCAGUUCAGUGUGGCUGUGAUGGGACCUUCCUGCUCACCCAGUCAGGCAAAGUGCUGGCCUGUGGACUCAAUGAGUUCAACAAACUGGGCCUGAAUCAGUGCAUGUCUGGAAUCAUCAACCAUGAAGCAUACCAUGAAGUUCCCUACACGACCUCCUUCACCUUGGCCAAACAGUUGUCCUUUUACAAAAUCCGUACCAUUGCCCCAGGCAAGACUCACACAGCCGCUAUUGAUGAACGAGGCCGGUUGCUGACUUUUGGCUGUAAUAAGUGUGGACAGCUGGGUGUCGGGAAUUAUAAGAAGCGCCUGGGGAUCAACCUGUUGGGGGGACCCCUUGGUGGGAAGCAGGUGAUCAGGGUCUCCUGUGGCGAUGAGUUCACCAUUGCUGCCACUGAUGAUAAUCACAUUUUUGCCUGGGGAAAUGGUGGCAAUGGCCGCCUGGCAAUGACCCCCACAGAGAGGCCACACGGCUCUGAUAUCUGUACCUCAUGGCCUCGACCUAUUUUUGGAUCUCUGCAUCAUGUCCCAGACCUUUCCUGCCGUGGCUGGCACACCAUUCUUAUUGUUGAGAAAGUAUUGAAUUCUAAGACCAUCCGUUCUAACAGCAGCGGCCUGUCCAUCGGAACUGUGGUUCAGAGCUCCAGCCCAGGAGGCGGUGGAGGUGGUGGUGGCGGUGAAGAGGAAGACAGUCAACAGGAAUCUGAAACUCCAGAUCCAAGCGGAGGCUUCCGAGGAACAAUGGAAGCAGACCGUGGAAUGGAAGGUUUAAUCAGUCCCACAGAGGCCGUGGGGAACAGUUGUGGGGCUAGCAGCUCCUGUCCUGGCUGGCUUCGAAAGGAGCUGGAGAACGCAGAGUUCAUCCCCAUGCCUGACAGCCCAACUCCCCUAAGUGCGGCAUUUUCAGAGUCUGAGAAGGACACCUUGCCCUAUGAAGAGCUACAAGGACUCAAAGUGGCAUCUGAGCUUCCUCCAGAACACCAGCCCCCCGCAGGAGCCUGGCCUCCCCGGCUGAAUCCUGCUGUACCCUGUGCUGGGAAAGCACUGCCCUCUGCCGCGUGUGCGUGCAGCACUCUGCAGGCGGAGGUUGAGAGGUUACAAGCUCUGGUGUUAAAGUGUCUGGCUGAGCAACAGAAGCUACAACAAGAAAACCUCCAGAUUUUCACCCAACUACAAAAGCUGAACAAGAGAUUGGAAGGAGACCAGCAGGUGGGGACGCAUUCCAAAGGAACUCAGACAGCAAAGGAAGAAGUGGAAAUGGAUCCGAAGCCUGACUUAGAUUCGGAUUCCUGGUGCCUCCUUGGGACAGACUCUUGUCGACCCAGCCUCUAGUCUCCUGAGCCCACAUAGCCCUCAGGAAACUGGGACCCAAGAACUUCACCGCACACUUCCCGAGUGCAGAGAGCAGCUUCCCUGGCUUUCUUCACUUGCAGACACGAGCGAGCGAGCGAGCGAGCGAGCGAGCGAGCACAGGCCAGAGGAGGCUCCAAAGCACUCUCCUUGUGCACUUGGAGAGUGGCAUUGCCUUUAGAUAGGGUCUAGGAGUGACGUUGUUGUUUUGGAGAAUGGAAGGGUCCUGUGGCCCUGGCUUUGUCGUCGGUGACUGCCGUAGCAGCAGCAGCAGCAGCAGCUCUGUACCUCAUCUUUUGAUCCCACCUUUGAAGAGGAGACACAGUACUCACCUGAAUUGUGCUGGGAGCACUCGUAUCCCAUGUAUCACUUUCAUCAUUAAUUGGAAGCUGCCUUGGGAUCUUAGCACCAGGCAUUGCACCUCUGGAUGGAGGAAGGAAAAUGUAAAAUCGGAGUGGGCUGUGACCAGGCCUGGCCUGCCCAGGUCCUCCAGAGGGAGGGAAAGUAUGCAGGAAAUGUACUGGCGAGUCAGUGUAGGGCUUGUUUCAGGGAGUCCAGUUACUUCAUGCCGCUGAGUGCUUUAUGAGGGAAGCUUAGAUCGCUUUCACUGUGGAGGUUGCUUGAAACAUCACUGAGGAGCAGAGAAAGGGCAGGUCCCUUGUCACAAUCGCCAAACUUUCAGGCUACGCUUAGUACAGGGUGGGAUUUCCCAGCUCUGGAGGAUUCCUCAAGAGAGGAGGUGUCUAAGGGAAUUACACCAGCGGGUAACAGGUGGGGCUGUGGGAGAGAGGCAGCAGGGAAGGAAGGUAACACGUCCUUCUGUGCCUUGCCUUGGUAUCUGAGAGCCUCAGUGGCACGAAAGUCUUCUGCCCCUGUGAAGAUUUCUUUGUACCUCUAGUGUCGUGACCCUUAGGGUCUGACUGGGAUGAGUAGCCCCAGGCACCCCCUUUCUAUGUCUAGUCAGUAUUUUUCCUCUUUGGUAUGUUUUGAAGCCAUAUCAUACCCAGUAAGUCAGUAUCAUCUUUCGUACUUGAGUGGCCGAAAGCCAGCACCAAAUACUUGGGGUCCCACAAGCCUGACAGGUGGAACCUGCCAAGUGGGAGGGAAGUGGCCGCAAGCUCACUUCUGCUGUGUUCUUGUGGAGAGGAGCAAGCUACCUUGUCCAAAGACAGGACGUGUCCUAGAAGAGCCAACCUUCUAGGCAAGCAUUUGAUGGUUUCCCUUAAAUGUGAGCCUUGUACUUCCACCAAGUCUAAUGAAUUGCUUGUGUUUGGGGCCACAGCAGCUGCUUUGAUAAGUAGUACCACAUCCUCCAUGCUACAUACAGCUAAAUUAAUACUGUUCAUUUAACCAAAGCAAAAAAAAAAAAGGUUUGCCGUCUGUUUUAAUAUUGCAGGAGGACCUGCCUGUGCAGGAGAAAGUUUGCCAUUUCCAUAAACCGGUGAUGUAGAGGCUGGUGCUGGGAGGAAACCCCAUCUCUGGGGAUGGGCAACUCUGUCCAAUGGGAUCAUUGAUGUCCCAUUGUUUUCUCAAUUCUGAGAAGCCUAGUACAAUAGUACUGAUGUAAUCACUGAAGCCUUUUCCCAGAAUAAGGGAAGGCCCAAUCUUGACGUAAGGUCACAAGUUAGGGGGCUGGCCAUUGGCUGUAAACCCUGUCAGAGAGUUUUGGUUCAUCAUGUCAAUGCAACUUUGGUUUUCUUCAGGACUGGCUGGCCUUUCGAGGUCCUGUAUCCUUAUGCUUACCAUCUCAGCAGGCCUGAGAGGCGGGGUUUAAGGUCUUCAUUAUGAGCAUUGCUUCUGCUUGGGAGCUGAGGGGCAUGGGCAUGUUGCUGACUGUGGAGAGACAGUGAGUGUUGAGGUGGGCAGGAGCCCAGGGGAGUCAUUCUCUAGCAGAGCAUGGUGGUUGUUUUUUCUAGUAUGUUCCCAUGGGAAGUCCAGGUUUGCUAUUAAUCCAGCUGCGAAUCUAAGUUCUGUGCCUUAGAGAUAAUUUGCACUUUCCAGAAUUGUGCCUAAGACAGCCAUAAGAUUUUUUUUUCCCCCCACCAAACAGCUAUGCAAACAGAAAACAGUUCCAAAGUGGCAGCCGUGCACUGGGUUGAGGAAAACAAAAGACAGCAGAAAUGUCUUCAAUGGUUUCCUCUAGCUAAACCUUGGUCAGUUGUCCUGCUUGUCCUCUGUGCAGUGCUCAGUGUUUGAAGUUGCUUUCCAGUAGUGUUGCUCUGAGUUACAGUAUAGCCUGCGUUGAUCCUCUGUGCCAACACUUUGCUGAAAGCCAGCUUAUUGUUAGCCAGAUGCUGGAAAGGGUAAGGGUGGAGUGGUGUGGCAUUUCUGUUUUCAAUAAACAUUUAAACUCUGA